UAUAUGAAAUAGAAAGAAACCUUCGUGGAAUUCAUUGGUCUAGGCAUUUUUCGGUUUCACAGGCUAUUUGAAUCAAUUCCAGAGUUGCAACGAAUUUAGAAUUUUGUUAAUUAUUUCAUUGCGUUUAUCAAAUUUGAUAUUUGAUCGAAUCUUCGAUGGAGUUGGACGAUCUCAGUGAUGUACUCAAUAAUAAAAAUUUAUUCCAUAUAAAAUGGAAACAACUCAUUAAAGAACUGAUAAAAGAAGAUGAAGCUUCAAAGUCAUCUUUAGAAAAAGCCAAUCUUAAGAUCGCAGAGCUUGAAAGCACCAUAGCAACGUACCAAGCGAAAGAGUUUAUAAUUGAAAAUGAGAAACUUAUUUUAUCUCAGGUAAUCACCACGCUGCAUCAAGAUCUAAGAAAGGAUGGACCUGUAUCAAAAAAAAUCAAUGAAGUAGAACAAAGCGUGUCAGGGUUAAACAAAGCUAUCGAAAAAUUAACGUCUGAGAUUGAAAAAACAAAUUUCCUGAAAGACGUAAAUAAUUUCACCACUAAGGCUGCGGCUAAGUGCUUUGAAGAAAUUCAUAUUGAUAAUGACGAUCAAGAUGCUUCUAUUAAAAGUAAAGAAAAUGAGCAGAUUGUCCGCGAAGACGACGUUGAACGCCAUAUUAUCGACGUGAUGCUCAGCGAUGAUGAACUUCCAUCGGAGCAUAAUGAUAACGAAGCAUCAGAACCAUCUUUAUUAGAACCAACAUUAGAACAAAGAACUGGAUCAUUGCGAAAUAGCACGGCAAACAAAAGUGAUAACUGCGAUGAGGUACCUUUGACAGAUGUAACGGCAUCAUCCUUACAAUUGCUUGCGAAUCGCAAUGAAAGAAUAAAUGAAUCUUACUCAUUUACAAAUGAGGAAAUUCCAUCGCCUUCCACUACGAAAAGCUCAGAUUUUACCGAUGUAGUUGAAUCUAAUGAAGAUUUAUCAGUUCGAAACACUCACAAUACUGAAAAUUCGUACGAAACCAUUAAUACGCCAUUGCUGUCUAAUACAAGCUUUCAAAUAUUAUUAGGAAAGCUGAUGGAUGUGCAAGAGGGUAUGGGAAAAGAAUUUGUGACAGAAUCUGGGAAGAAUUCAGAUGUCGAUACACAAAUCCCUUCUUCUUCGCUGCGUUAUAAUCUGAAGGAAGAAAAUGCUGUUACGUUAAGGAAUAAAACCUACUUCAGAGAUGUUAAAAAUGCUGCUGUUUCCAAUUCCAUAGAUUCUUGUUCUGUUAACGGAAGACCAUCGUCCCAGUCAUCAUUGAAGCCUAAGAACAACACUCAUGUUAAAACUACCCGUAAUGUUGGAAGACCACGUGCGAUGGGCAAGAAGAAUAAUCCAAGUCAUCCAGUUCCACGAUUCAUCAAGCUUACUGACCAUCAUGACGUAUUCAAAAAGCAUUCCAAACCGUAUCCGAUUUGUUAUCUCUGUCCCUAUGGAGAUGGAAAUUGCAGAAGUUAUUUCUGGUCCAUGGAUCAUUUGCGUUCACAUGUAAAAUCAUAUCAUCAAAAAGAAAAACAGCAAUUGCACCCAAAAAAUAUCGAAAAAAGCUCCAGCUCCAACAUAGAUGAAGGAUGAGAAAAGUGGAGUCUGUUCUGGCAGUUCUUUAACGUAAUUAUUCAUACAUAUUUGUAAGAAAGCGCCUAUACUAUGCUACUUAUUUUUAUUUUCAAUUAAAAACAUUCGUACCUAUUUAAAAUUUAUCGUUUUUACGUGAUUAUAAAAAAAUGUAUAAAGAGCAGAACGCCAAUCGUGUGAAUUAAGUUUUAGUGUAGGUAAUUGGAAUACC